AUGAGUUUAUCACGAACAUCUAUGGAAAGGCUGAAUUCAAUAUUUUUAUUUUUGGUAAGCAGCCCAAUAUCGGAUAAUUUCAUUUCAAUAACCGAAAAUCCAAGAAAAAACAAGUUCCCUUUGAAUAUUUUUGUUGAUCAGUUGAAUGGGUAUAAGAAUUCUGGACAAUACUCUGUAUCAACUUUAUAUAAAGCAUUGGCUAAGAUAUGCAAAGAGAAGGACAUCUUUUAUACUUUAAUGAACAUUCUGCAUGAUCAUAGCGCUAAGCCCCUUGAAAAAAGCCAUGAAAAUUGCUUCCCUUGCCUCUCCUUCAAAAUUAAAGGAAGUAAAAUAAUUUCAUGCUUAUGUAAAGAACCAGUAGCAGAAGAAUUUCUAGAGAAUUUUGGAAUAAAAAUCAAUAUUUUGGAAGUGUAUCAGCCUAUUGAAGAAGAUUUAUGAUAUAAAAGGUUAAUAGAAAUAUAUAUAGGGCAGUCAUCUAACUUAAUAAAGAGCUUAAAGCAGAGGUGCAAGGGUGAAAAUUGCGCAAGAAAAGCAAUUAUUUCAUACAAUUUUGCUGAAAACCCAAAUUAUUUAUUUUUCCAUUUAAAAUGAAGCCAUUCCCCGAACAUUUCAGAAAUUAUAAAAGUUUUAUGUUCAUUUUCAGUAAAUUUCGAUAUCUCAUUAUUUACUGGCUCUAAGGACCAAAAUAAUUAUGGUCUUGCUGGAAUUUUACUAGAAAACAGCAGGAUAUCUGGAUGUCUUGUAUAUAAUCGAACACCAAAUAACUGAAGCCUUUACAUGGCAGACUUUAAAAAGGAAAACAUAUCUCUCUUCUAUGCAUUUCAAUAUAUUAUUCACAAUAUCUUAAUACCAACAUCCUACUGCUACUAUAAAGAGCCAAAUAAUUCUAGAUUUUUAAGCAUAUCAGCAUGACUUACUUUUGAGAGUAAAUAUAUUUUAAAAGAAAAUCGUAAUUUCCAAACUAGGAUUGCCAGAUUCUAGUGAUCUGGAAAAGAUUGCGGAUGGAGCAGAAGAGCAUGACUUAGAAAAACAGGAAGAAAGCAAAUCAAUCAUUCUCGAUAAUAAAAUUGAUGAAGUAAAUAUUGGCCCAAUGAUAAGCCAAGAUCAUGAAUCGUUCAGUAAUUCUGAGGAAGAAGAAGAAGAAGAAGAAACAGAAGAAAUAGAAGAAACUGAAGAAGUAGAAGAAAUAGAAGAAGAUAAGAUGGAAGAUAAGCUGCAGAGACAAGUAAAAUAUACCGAAAACCAAGAAUAUUUUGCAUAUAAUAAUGAAAAACCUAUAGGAUGAGCAUGCAAAAGCUGUUUCGUUUAUAAUUACGGGCAAGAGAAAUGCUUAAGAUGCGAAUGGAGUAUGGAAGUUGAAGGAGCUGGAUGACUUUGCAGAUGCGGAGGCGAAAACUUUGAUAUUGCUUGCGCAAAUUGCAAUGAGGAAAUCCCUAAGUGCUCAAACUGUGGGAUAUGCUAUUCGAAUUUCCCAGUUGCUUGCCCAAAGUGUAGCAAAUCAAUGAUCAUUGGAAGAAAAUGUAACUGCGGUUUUAAAUAUCUAUCAGCUGCAUGCCGUCUGUGCUUACAGUGCUUUAAUGAAGUUUCAUGGAUCUGUAGGGCUUGUGAAAUAAGAAACCCAUUUUGUAAUACUACAUGCUUCAGAUGUUUGAAUCCAAGAAUUUAG